AAUGGACCUUUUCAUAAAAGUGAUUUUCUCGGGAAAGUGUACAAAAUUUGACGUGAUUAAUUCCAGAUUCAAGUUCAAUCCUCCACCGCGCACGGCCGUUCCCAGUGACCGUCUCACCUCAAUCACCAGUCCUCAACCACUGAAUUUCAAUAUUCCGAUCAUUCCUAACUUUUACGAUUUGUCACUUAAAACUCAUGGAGACUCUGAGAGUACAAUUAUUGGCUGAAAAAAGUGAGAUCUCAGUACCAUCACAGUACGUACAACCACCGGAAACCAGACCACAAAUAGAAAAAACUAACGUAAAAUCAGCAGUACCAGUAAUCGAUCUCAAUUCACGAACGAACCUCCUGGAUGAACUGAAGAAAGCUUGCAAAGAAUGGGGAGUAUUUCAAGUGAUAAACCAUAAGGUUCCGAUUAGUUUGUUGGAUGAUAUAAUGCGUGUUGGUCGCACCUUUUUUGGAGGUUGCGAAAUGGAAGAGAAGCUUAAGUAUUCUUGCGAUUCUGCUUCUCCUGCUUCUGAAGGAUAUGGCAGUCGCAUGCUUGUAGCAUCAAAUGAAACGGUUUUGGAUUGGAGAGAUUAUUUUGAUCACCACACCUUGCCUUUAUCUCGUCGCAAUACUUCUCAUUGGCCCGACUCUCCAGCUGAUUACAGAAAAGUUGUGGCAGAAUACAGCGAUCACAUGAAAGCUCUUGCACAGGAACUUCUUGGUUUAGUCUCUGAGAGUCUAGACUUGACAUGUCAGUGUAUAGAAAAUGUUGUUGGGGAGUUUUACCAAAAUAUCACUAUUAGUUACUAUCCACCCUGCCCUCAACCGGAGCUUACUCUUGGACUGCAAUCACAUUCUGACUUUGGUGUUAUUACACUUCUCAUCCAAGAUGACGUGGGGGGUCUUGAGGUUUUCAAUAAUGGAGAAUGGGUUUCUGUUAAUCCAAUGUCAAAUGCUAUCUGUGUGAUCUUAGCAGACCAAACUGAGAUCAUAACUAAUGGCGAGUAUAAAAGUGCUCAACACCGGGCAGUGACAAAUGCUGGAAGAUCCCGACUCUCAAUUGCCACAUUCCAUGACCCUGCCAAAACCAGGCAAAUUUCUCCAGUCUUCCAUCCGCCUAGACAUCGUCCAGUGAUUUAUGGCGACCAUGUCUCCUCAUGGUACACUAAAGGGCCAGAAGGGAAGAGGAACCUUGAUGCACUUCUACUUUAAUUGUUAACUCUCUUUCUGCAAUUAUUCAUUCAAAAUGUAGAAAAAAGUGAUCUCUGUGUUAUACUUUGACCAACAUUUAUGAAGAUAGUUAGAUCAAGAUGGACUAAACACCUCAACUUAACA